GGUACUUAUAAGUUAUAAACACCUAGUAUCGUCUUUUCGUAGAUCACGACUAACUUCAAUAUAACCUCAUUAGGUACCUAGAUACCUCAUUUAUAACUUGAUAUCUUAACUUACCCCCUUACACCAUGGCACAAAAACACCCUGUCAUUCACUACGGGACAUCAACAUUCGGCUCAUCCCACGUACCCGCGCUGCAAGAUGAGACAAACGUCUCCAAGUUCCUCCAAGUUUUACAAGAGGGCGGUAUAUCCCAAAUCGACACAGCCGCCCGGUACCCCCCAGACAACCAUGGCGCCUCGGAGCGAAUGCUCGGGCGGGUGAAAGCAGCCUCCAAAGGCUUCACAAUCAACACGAAGGUGCUGUUCGCUGGCCAGAGCAGCGAUGGCACUCUCAGCAAGGAGGCUGUGCGGAAGAGCGUCGAGAACAGCCUGCAAACUCUAGGCGCUGGGAAGUUGGGAAUCCUUUACGCUCACGCCGCGGACUACGCUACCCCCUUGGAAGAGCAGGCAGCAGCCCUGAACGAGCAGUUCCAGAAAGGCUUUUGCGAAAAGAUCGGCGUCUCCAACUUCCCCGUCGAAAUGCUCAAGUCCUUCGUGGAAAUCUGCGAGAGGGAAGGCUACGUCAAGCCGUCGGUGUACCAGGGGCAAUACAACCUGAUCUGCCGGGGGCCCGAGAAGGACCUGCUCCCGUUCCUCCGCCGGCACGGCAUGGCGUUCAACGCGUACUCGCCCCUCGGCGGCGGCUUCCUGACGGGGAAGCUGACCCUGGGGACGGCGGAGGGGACGCGCCUGGCGAGCGCGUACGGCGCGCACUUCGCGCGGUGGUACGACAGGCCCGAGUUCCACGGCGCGGUGCGCAAGCUGCUCGACGCCAUCGCGCCGCGCGGCAUCAAGCCCUCCGAGGCCGCGCUGCGCUGGAUCGCGUACCAUUCCGCCCUCGGCGAGGCGGACGGGAUUAUCCUCGGCGCGACCAAGGUCGAGCAGCUGAAGCAGAAUGUCGAGGACAUCGGCAAGGGCCCGCUGCCCGGCGAGGUCAUGCGGGUUAUUGGGGAGAUUGGGGAGACUAUUGACGGGCUGGGCGGGGGCGACUUCGAGGUGAGACCUGCGGAGCUACCGCCCAGGUAGAUAACCAAGCUGAAGAUGAUGAUGUUGUUGCCUUUCGAAGCCAUCUCGUAGCGUCUAGAUCACACGGAGGAUAAUGUUUUAUUCUUUUAAAGAUUAUUCAUAUCUUUGGAACUAUUUCAUUCGAUACGGCACAUUUUGAUUUGUUUUCGAUUUCCGCCCUUGUGAAACCCCUAUCUCUGAAUUUCCCGUUUUUUACCGUUAUUUAUUAAGAUCGACUCGUCUAGGUGGUCAAAGAGGUCGGUAAUGUUGGAACUUGCGACAUCUGAGAUAACUAGCAAAUCUGAUAUCUUUA